AUGACCAAAUCGUACAGCGAGAGCGGGCUGAUGGGGGAGCCCCAGCCCCAGGGUCCCCCGAGCUGGACUGAUGAGUGCCUCAGCUCUCAGGACGAGGAACACGAGGUGGACAAGAAGGAGGAGGAUCUCGAAGCCAUGCAAGCCGAGACCGAAGAGGACUCGCUGAGAAACGGCGAGGAGGAGGAUGAAGACGACGACUUAGAGGAAGAGGAGGAAGAAGAGGAAGAGGAAGAAGACGAUGAUCAAAAGCCUAAAAGACGGGGUCCCAAGAAGAAGAAGAUGACUAAGGCGCGCAUGGAGAGGUUCAAGCUGAGGCGCAUGAAGGCUAAUGCCCGGGAGCGGAAUCGCAUGCACGGGCUGAACGCGGCUCUGGACAACUUGCGCAAGGUGGUGCCCUGCUACUCCAAGACGCAGAAACUCUCCAAGAUCGAGACCCUGCGCUUGGCCAAGAACUAUAUCUGGGCGCUCUCCGAGAUCCUGCGCUCCGGCAAGAGCCCGGACCUCGUUUCAUUUGUACAGACCCUGUGCAAGGGCUUGUCCCAACCCACUACCAACUUAGUAGCCGGCUGCCUCCAGCUCAACCCCAGGACUUUCCUUCCCGAGCAGAACCAAGACAUGCCGCCCCAUAUGCAGCCGGCCAGUGCUUCCUUCCCAGUGCACCCGUACGCCUACCAGUCCCCGGGUCUUCCCAGUCCGCCCUAUGGCACCAUGGACAGCUCCCAUAUCUUCCACGUGAAGCCUCCGCACUCGUUUGGGGCUGCUCUGGAGCCAUUUUUUGAAAGCACCCUCACUGAUUGCACCAGCCCUUCCUUUGACGGACCCCUCAGCCCGCCCCUCAGCAUCAAUGGAAACUUCUCUUUCAAACAUGAACCUUCCAACGAGUUUGAUAAAAAUUAUGCCUUUACCAUGCACUAUCCCGCAGCUACUCUGGCAGGAGCCUCAGGCCACGGAUCAAUCUUCUCUGGCUCUGCCUCUCGCUGUGAGAUCCCCAUAGACAACAUUAUGCCCUAUGAGAGCCAUUCCCAUCACGAACGAGUCAUGAGUGCCCAGCUCAAUGCCAUCUUUCACGAUUAA